CCUUAUAAAUGUGUCAAUUCAUACGUACGUUUCUUGAGGUUUGUCGAAGAAGAGUGGAGAUAUUUGACGGCAGCGGCGGAGGGGAGAGUACGCUUUUUUGGAGGCGGGAGCGGUGAGGAGGCAGGACACCUGGCUCGUGCCUGAAAUGGACACUGCUGCGACCCGCUGAAGGACUGCUGUCAACAAUUGUGCUCCCCCGCUGAAGAAGAAGACACCGACACUGUCCUGCGGAUUUCUGUCUCAGCACAGCGGUGACAUUUACACUUUCUGCUGCUCAGGGGCGUUUGAAGCGUCCACGGCACCUGUUGUGGCUCAGUUCCCUCCCUCCAGGCAAAGAUGACAACAGAGAGAAACAAAUGGUGGAAGGCGUUCCUGCCAAAGCGGAAGACCGGAGGGCCCAAGGACACCGCUUCACCCCACACCUUUGGCCCAGAGUUUGACCCCUUCGCACAACGGCCCGAGAAGCAAAAAGAGCCCACCGGCGCAGCCUCCAAGACCCCCGGCGACCAGUCCUCGCCGUCUCAGCAAGACCCCGCCAAACACUCCAGCCUCCUCAGCGAUGACACCUACGACGACUCCCACCUGGAGUCAGUCUUCAACGAGCAGACGUGUCGCAGGAACAUGAAGGUGUCACGUUCAGGUCGAUUCAAGGAGAGGAGAAGAGUGCGCUCGAGCCUCCCCAUACAGGAGAAAGAGACAGAGAACGGGCCGGUGGCGAAGGAGGACGUACGGUGACGCUGAGGAGGGGGACGUGAUCAGAGACUGCUUUACCAAGAUGCUUGAAGAGAAGGAUAUGAGCACAUGAAGAGGCUUCAUUCCCUUGAGGCACACCAAGAGGUCUGCUGUAUGUUGUUAUGAUGGUGGUGAUGAAGGUGACAAGGAGCCUUCAACUUGUAGCCAAGUACUGCAGGAGUAAUGUUAUGUGGUACUCGUGUUGGUGGACUUGUGCCAGAGGGCCACAAUGAUAAUCGACUUGAAUAAUCUGUUAUAUUUGUUCUUCGCGAUGGUUAUCGAACCAUACUGCCAACAAUAUCCCAUAAUCAAAGCCCAAAAGAAGAGAUAUAGUUCUAAUGCAGUGAGAGCCCAACAUGUGAUUAAUGUCCCACAGUAUCUGAGUUUCAGUGUCGUCAUUGGACAACUCUUAAAAUGACCUACACCCUUUAAAGAAAGCCCCAUCUUCAAAUGCCAUUUUCUGUCAAUACUCCAGGUAAAGUGUGAUAUGCUUCAGGAAAACGUUCAUGUUUGUCAAGAUGUUUACGGUGUUUCUGUACUAUGAAUGAUAUAUCUUUGAUGAAUGAAGGAUAGGUAUAACGCUCCUUUUACUAAAUGCUUUUUCAUAAAAUGUUGAUUCUAAAGGGUUAGAAGGAUAUUUAUGAAGGUGUAAAAUGAUUUCAUGAUUACUUGUGUGAAAAACAAAAAUCAGUUAAUGGAAGAAAUUAAGGAAUGCUUGUGAGCAGAUGCACAACACUUGCCAGCUAAAUGCAUACAAUACUUUGAAUGAAGGAUGAAAUCCAGCCGCAAUGAGUCCGACACAAAGCUGAUGAUGAAGUAAGAAGCUGAUGUUGUGAAAUCCAACUGAAUGCAGCUAAGGAAGUAUGAUCCAGCCACUGAUGUAGUUUGCUGUAGUUCGGACCAGCUGUGAAUACCCAAAUGAAGGCUAAAAAUGUGAGAAAUAAAUCUGGUAACU